ACAAUAAGUUUUGGCUGUAGGGGAAAAAUGUUUUGCUGAUAUUAUCAAAUUCUAAGCAAGUGUUUGCUGUCAACGAUUGCAUCCAUCUGGUGAAAGAAAGGGGAAAAUUUGGAUAGUUAAUGCGCUCGCCGCUCCCAGCAGGCCUCUCCCGGGCCUCCCGCCCACUGCGCCGCUCAGACUCCUGGGGCGCGUGAGGCUGCGGCCCCCCUUCGCUCCCCCCUUUUCCCCACCCCGCGGUGAGUGCCUCCUCCCGGAGCUGCCCCCACGCCCACUGCCCCUCUCCGGGCCCGCAGGGCGCUGGGCUCCGAGGACCCCGGCGGGGCUCCCGCUGCCUCGGGACGAAGGCGAUGAAAGGCUCCCGUGGACUUGUCCAUCGUCUUCAGCUUUCCUCCCAUUCGGCCUCUUCCCACAGUGGGCGCGCGGCCAGGCCGGGCUGGGAGAACGUCUGCAAACGGGCCUUCCCCGCCCUUACUCGGAGACGGAGCCGUUCUGUGCCAGAGAUUUAUGGAGAUUGUCCAGGAGGAGCCGAGGCCCAGGCAUGCCCAGAACAGGCAGCAGCCUCUGUACUACGAUUCCUAGAAGGCUUUGCUCAACAAAAGCAUUUUCCAAUUCUAGGGAGGGAAAAUGGGCCUGUCAUUUGACAUCAUUUCCUCCCCGCCCUCUCAACUCUCAGCUCUGGCUAGGAUUUGUGCUUUUUCUCUUCUGUGCCUGGAGCUGACCUGCCCUGGGUUCUGCCUCGGGUGGCCUCUUCUCCUCUGAGGCCGAGGGAAUGGCUCCUGUCCUCCUGAGCGCCCAGCCCUGCCAGGAAUCAGUGACAUUCCAGGAUGUGGCUGUGGAAUUCUCCUGGGAGGAGUGGGAACAUUUGAACUCAACUCAGAAGAAGUUGUACAGGGAGGUGAUGCUGGAGAACUAUAGAAACUUGGCUUCUUUGGGAUUUGCAGUUUCCAAACCAGAUGUGAUCUACCAGUUGGAAAGAAAAGAAGCUUCUUGGAUGCCAGAGACAGAUAUUCCAAAAAGCAGCUUUCCAGGGAGCAAAGAAUUUACCAAAGAGAAAUCUUAUGAAUGUGGUGAAUGUGGGAAGACAUUCAAGAGUAAAACACAACUUACUUUGCAUCAGAGUAUUCAUACUGGGAAGAUUCUUUAUGAAUGUAAGGAGUGUGGAAAGGCUUUCAUCUACAACUCAGAACUUAGUCUACAUCAGAGAAUUCAUACUGGAGAAAAACCUUAUAAGUGUAAUGAAUGUGGGAAGGCCUUCAGAAGGAAGGCAAACCUUACUAUGCAUCAGAGAAUUCAUACUGGAGAAAAACCUUAUGAAUGUAGUGCAUGUGGGAUGGCCUUCAGACGUAAGAUUCAACUUACUGUGCAUCUGAAAAUUCAUCCUGGAAAGGUUCUUUACGAAUGUAAAGAGUGUGGGAAGGCUUUCCACUACAAUUCAGAACUCAUAAAACAUCAAAGAAAUCAUAUGGGAGAAAAACCUUAUGAUUGUAGUGAAUGUGGUAAGACCUUCAGGAGUAAAACACAGCUUACAAUGCAUCAGAGAAUUCACACGGGACAGAAACCUUACGAAUGUAAAGAGUGUGGGAAAGCUUUCUUCUACAACUCAAAUCUUAUUAAACAUCAAAGAAUUCAUACUGGAGAGAAACCUUAUGAAUGUAGUAUUUGUAGGAAGGCCUUCAGGAGGAAAGCAAAUCUUAAUAUGCAUCACAGAAUUCAUACUGGAGAGAAACCUUUUGAAUGUAAUACAUGUGGGAAGACCUUCAAGAGGAAGUCAACUCUUAAUAUGCAUCAGAGAAUUCAUACUGGGGAAAAACCCUAUGAAUGUAGGGAGUGUGGAAUGACCUUCAGGCUUAAGACACAGCUUUCUAUGCAUCAUAGUAUUCACACUGGAGAGAAACCUUAUGAAUGUAGUACAUGUGGAAAGGCCUUCAAUAGGAAGUCAAAUCUCACUGUGCAUCAGAAAAGUCAUACUGAAAAAAGUCUUUCUGAAUGUAAAGAGUGUGGGAAAGCUUUCCAUGAGAAAUCAGAUCUUCUAAAACAUCAAAGAAAUCACAGGGGAGAAAAAGCUUACGAAUGUAGUGUAUGUGGGAAGGCCUUUAGGAUGAAUUCACAUCUUACUGUACAUCAGAGAAUUCAUACUGGAGAAAAACCAUAUGAAUGUAGUGAAUGUGGGAUGGCCUUCAGGCGUAAGACAGAGCGUACUGUGCAUCAGAGAAUUCAUACUGGAGAGAGUCUUUAUGAAUGUAAGGAUUGUGGGAAGGCUUUCUUCUACAACUCAGUAUUUAUGCUACAUCAAAGAAUUCAUACUGGAGAAAAACCUUAUGAGUGUGGUAAAUGUGGGAAGGCGUUCAGGAGUAAAACACAGCUUAAUGUACAUCAGAGGGUUCAUCCUGGAACGAUUCUUUAUGAAUGUAAAGAAUGUGGGAAGGCUUUCCACUACAAUUCAGAACUUAUUAGACAUCAAAGAAUUCAUGCUGAAGGUAAACCUUAUGAAUGUAGUGAGUGUGGGAAUACUUUCAUAAAUAAGAAAACACUUACUGUGCAUCAGAGUAUUCAUACUGGAGUGAAACCUUAUGAAUGUAGUGAAUGUGGGAAGGCCUUCAGGUGUAAGACACAACUUACUUUUCAUCAAAGCAUUCAUACUGGAGAGAAACCUUAUGAAUGUAAUGUAUGUGGAAAGGCCUUCAGGAGGAAACCACGUCUUAUUGUGCAUCAGAGAAUCCAUACUGGAGAGAAACCUUACAAGUGUAAUGAAUGUGGGAAGUCCUUCAGGAUUAAGGCACAUAUUACUGUGCAUCAAAGCAUUCAUACUGGAGAGAAACCCUAUGAAUGUAAUGCAUGUGGGAAGGCCUUUAAUAGGAAGUCAAAUCUUACUGUGCAUCAGAGAAUUCAUACUGGAGAAACACCUUAUGAAUGUAGUGAAUGUAGGAUGGCCUUCAGGUUUAAGAGACAGCUUACUGUACAUCAGAGAAUUCAUACUUGAGGGAAAUCUUAUGAAUUUAGUAAAUGUGGGAAUGCCUUUAUAUAGAGUGCAAAACUUUUUGUCCAUCAGAGAAUUCAUACAUAAGAUAUUCCUCAUGAAUGUAAAGAGUGGGAAGACUAUCACAACUUAAAUUUUAUUGAACAUCAGAGAGUACUUACUGGGGAGGGACCUUAUUAAUGUGGAAAGGCAUUCAGAGUUAAGCUACAACUUGGCAUAUGUCAGAGCACUUAUACUGGAUAGAAACCUUAUGAAGCUGGUGAAUAUGGGAAGGCCUUCAGAAGUAAGAGUAAAUUUAAUGUGCUUUAAAAAUUCAUACAGGAAAGAUUAUUUAUGAAUAUAAGGAGUAUGAGAAGGUCUUCCACUAAAAUCAGAACUUAUUGGACAUCACAGAAUUCAUACUUAAGAUAAACUUUAUGAAUAUACUAUAUGUGGGCAGACCUUUUCCCUGAUUUUAGAGCUUGAUAUUAGAGCAUUGAUACAAGAGAGAAAUCUUAUGAAGCUAAUGAAUGUGGAACACCUUCAGAGUAAGGACACAACUUAGCAUAAAAAAAUAUUCUGGAGAGAAACCUUUUGAGUUAUAUAAGGCAUGUGGGAAGGUAUUUGUAUUGAGGACACUUGUCUGACAUCCAUCAAAGAAUUUAUAUUCUGCAGAAUCUUUAUGAAUGUAAGUACUGUGGGAGAAUCCCAUAGCCAUCGAGACUGAUUCUGAGUCAGAAUAUGAAAUCUAAGAGAUCUCAUUUAGCCCUAUGAAAGGAAAUAGUCCUCCCUUCUGUACAACCCUCUAAGGGAAGAAAGAUUAAUGAUGUCCUCCCAUGGACCUUCUGCUAUGGAGAGGAUGUGAGGGUUGAGCCAAAGGUGGUGGUAUCGGGGGAACCUUUGUAUUAACUUUGAUCCCUGGGCAGAUGGCAUGCAGAAGUCUUAUGGAUGAUCUCUUGGCCAUCAGAUGAGCUUGAUCUGUGAUGAAUUCCUGUUGAUUGUGCUGAGAUAUGAAUCAUUUGAACUGUACUCUUGACAUUGCUGGUGCUGCUUUUACUUAUAUUCAUCAGGGUAGAUACUCAACCAUAAAGAUUUGGAAUAACACUAAUUUCUUAAAAUCCUGAUAAGGAUCUGUGGCAGAUAAUGAUUCUAUUUGAUUUCUGCCCUGUGUUCUGAAUGUCAAAGAGAAGGAAUUCAAUGAAGUGGCUGUAAACAGCAGGUGGAAGUAUCAUCUAAUUAGUGGCAUAUGGGUAGGAAAUUCUCACUUUGUUCAAAGGAAAUAAACAGGGAAUUUUAGGAAAUCAAAACUAUCAGAUGUCACAGGACAAAACGCUCCACAUCAGUUUAGAGAAAUACAAAUAAAAACAACUCUCAGAUACCACACCUCAUACCUAUUAUAUUAGGCAAUGUCAUAGCUAAGGAUAAGGACGUUUUUCAGGGGAUGGGGAAGAAUCGUGAUAUUAAUUCAUGGUUCAUAGUAGCUACAGCCAUUCUGGUGACCAAUUUGGACCUGUGUCCAAAGUCCUAUGAAACUACAUUCCUCUUUACCUACUUAGAACACUACUUGGUCUUUACACCAAAGAGAUAAAAGGAAAAGGACUUAUGUGAAGAAAAGUAUUUCUAGUGGCUCUUUUUGUGGCAGCAAAAUAUUGGAAAUUGAGGAGAUGCUCAUUAUUUGGGGAAUGGUUAGAUACAUUGUGGUUCAUGGUUGUAAUAGAGUACUAUUUUGUUGUAAGAAAUGAUGAAUGGUAGCUAAAUGCCUUAUUGGAUAAAGCACUGGGCCUUGAAGGCAGUAAGC